GACUCCGCCUGCUGCCAUGAUUUCGUACGGUGAAACUGCGGAAGAGUGCGAGUCGUGUGAAGGGUGGUGCAAUCCCCUCUGGGGUGAGCUAUCGACCGAAAGCCUGUUCCAAUGCCUGGAUAUCAAAUCCCAUGAUACGGUAUUUCUCAUCUCAAGGUUCACCGAGUCCAACUUGCGGGGUGCCGGGCUGCAGAAGCUACAGAUCUCCAAGAGCCGCCAUAAUUUCCAAAGCACCAACGCCGACUAA